AUGAUUUUGGCCAGUGUGAGGGACGACUGCUGCGGUCGCCAGAAUGAUGAAGUCACGGGAGGCACCUGGGCGCGUUCGCUCAUGGGUUGCACACGUGUGUACGAGGAGGCUGCAGAAACCUGUCCCCGCAAGGGGAAAGGAUCCCACCGGGCGCACAACAAGGCGGCUGCAAGGAACGCGUUAAUAAAACAUAAAUACCCCAAGCGCUCCCGGCCCCCGGCGCUCGAGGAGCGGCUGAGCCGGCGGCGGACGGCGCAGGAGGCCCGCGCGCUGCUGCGCUGCCGCCGGGCAGGCAUUCCCGCGCCCGUGGUCUACUUCGUGGACUACGUCACCAACUGCAUCUACCUGGAGGACAUCGUGGGCUCCGUCGCGGUCCGAGACCACAUUGACUCCGUGCAGCAGCGCGGCGGCGACGCCGGCAGCCUCCUCCCCCUCGGCGAGAAGCUGGGCGCGCUGCUGGCCAGGCUGCACGACGAAGACCUCAUCCACGGGGACCUCACCACGGCCAAUAUCCUCCUGCGCCCGCCCGUGGAGAAGCUGGACUUGGUAUUGAUAGACUUCGGCCUCAGUUUUGUUUCAGGCCUUCCUGAGGAUAAAGGAGUUGACCUGUAUGUGCUGGAAAAGGCCUUUCUUAGCGUUCAUGCUGAAGUAGAAACUGUGUUUGAAACUCUGCUGAAGACCUAUGCAGCUACAUCAAAAAAGUCCGGUCCUGUUAUCAAAAAGCUGGAUGAAGUGCGGCUACGGGGCAGGAAGAGAUCCAUGGUUGGCUAGGAGAGAGCAGUGAUGGAGAAAUAUUACCAGUUAGGUUCUGUAAACAUGUUUAUUUAUACUUCCAGUUGGUUUUAUUCCAUAGAUGGAUAUUUUGAUAAUGCAGUAUCUUAAAUAAAUUUACUACAUGUGG